AUGUCUUCAGGACAAGGCUCGGGAAAGCAAAAGGCAAAAAAGGCCAGUUUUGCCCCACAAGCUGCAGGUCAUGAGUCCAACCAGAUCGUACCACGAAACAAGGCAGACAACAGAUCUGGAGCUAGCCAGGCUGUGGUCCCAUAUCAGCCAUCACAAGCCCAGCAACAAAACACCAUGCUUGUUCCAAAAGCCAAGCAACGUGUUCUAAUUAAUUACAUGAAAUCGCUGACAGAGAAGAGUCUAAAUGCAUUAAGAAAGUCGAAUAAAAUGCAACCAUUGACUACUGGCUACAGCUUUACCAGAAUAUCCAGAUGUCCUUUGACACAGAAUGCAAGUGAUAGGAGAAAACUGCCUGUAAUAGAGCUUAUAAAGCCAGGAUGGGUGGUGGUGCCCCAUGUUCGCCUCCUCACCUCCUAUGAAGAGGGGAGGAUCCUGGCCCUUAGUGGUGAGAACAGGCACCGGUUCUGUGAAGAUACUGCAACAACCAGGUCCCAGCAGCCAAGAUAUACAGUAAAACCCAUAGUUCCAGCCAAAAAGGCUGAGCUUGUCUCUGUUGCCAAAGCAAUGCAUAGAGAAGAAUUUGGGACACGGGUAAAGGAACUAUUUGAUCCUGAGAAAGAAGCAGCGCUGGAUGCUCUUCAAACAGGGAUCUAUAUUGGAUGGCGAUGCCCUGAAUACAACUGGGACUGCAUCAGAGUUGGAGUAAAGUCCAAAUGUUUUUGUGGACACCUCCUCGCUGAACACGGACGGUUUACUGGUACAAGUGUUCGAGUGCCCUGUGCAGUUGCUGGCUGCCAAUGUAGAGCUUAUGCCUUCAUCCCUUCCCGUCCUGAAGAUGUCGGUGAAUUCUGGCUGAGAAAACGAAGAAAUUUUGACCCAAGCACCUGGAGAGCUAAAUGUCGUUGUAAACAUAACCAUGAAGAACACAAUACUGGUGGAAGCCACAGUUGCAAAGUUGGGGGUUGCACGUGCCAAAGUUUUGAUUCUAAUUUCCUCUGUGCAGCCUGUGAUAAACAUUGGGAACAACAUCAAACAUUCUUCGAAACAGAAGCAUAUAGAAAAGAAGCUGGGCUCCCAUAUGGUGAAGCUUACCUGCCCUUUGCAGAAAUGCCCAAGUUACGAAAUGCAGUCCUGUCAGGGAAUGAGGAGGAUGAUUCUGCAUAUCAAGCCAUUACGAGCGGCACAGGAUCCUAUUCUCGUUUAGGGCCUUCUUCCAGCUCAGCCAGGCCUGCUUUACCACCAAACAGGAAUCCAAAAGGCAUUUGAACAAUCUGUAAUUAGCAUCUAUUGAUA